UUAAAGAUGGCGCCCUCUCAUGCACUGAGGUGCUGCAAACGGGCUCUGAACUGGAUACCUGUCAUUUUUAUUAACCUGGUUGUCGGCUGGUCUUAUUACGCUUAUGUUGUGGAGCUCUGUGUCUAUACAAUCCCAAAUAAUCCAGAACGGAUCAGCUAUUUGGUCCUCUUUCACAUUUUCUUCACCAUGUUCAUAUGGUCCUACUGGAAAACGAUCUGGUCCAAACCAGAAAGCCCCUCUAAAGCGUUUUGUUUGCCCAGAGCAGAGAAGGAACUGUUUGAGAGAGAGGAGCGAGCCGAGACGCAACAAGAGAUUCUGAAGAAAGUGGCGAAGAAUUUACCCGUUUAUACCCGCACAGCAGGAGGAGCCGUCCGUUACUGCGACCACUGCCAGGUGAUCAAACCUGACCGCUGCCAUCACUGCUCAACCUGUGAGAUGUGUGUGCUGAAAAUGGACCAUCACUGCCCCUGGGUGAAUAACUGUGUGGGAUUCUCAAACUACAAAUACUUUGUGUUGUUCUUGACCUACGCCACACUCUACUGUGUGGUGAUUUGUGCUACAGUCAUCCAGUAUUUCCUCAAAUUCUGGACAAAAGUGCUGCCGGACACGCAUGCCAAAUUCCACGUCUUGUUUUUGUUCUUCGUGGCUGCCCUGUUCUUUGUCAGCGUCCUGUCACUACUCGGCUACCAUCUGUGGCUCGUGGGAAAGAACAGGACGACUAUAGAGGCAUUUCGGGCUCCUGUGUUCGCAAACGGUCCAGAUAAAAACGGGUUUUCUCUCGGUUUUAAGCGAAAUGCAGCCGAGGUAUUUGGAGACCAAGGGAAGUACUGGAUGUUCCCUGUUUCCUCAAAUCUGGGAGAUGGACAUUCCUUUGUUACCAGAUUGGUACACAUAGAUCCUGAAAGAGCCAACGGUAUCCUUCAGCAAAAUGGCAAAAGCCCUGCCGAUGGGAAGCCCGACCCUUGUGUCCAUGGUAACAAUAUACAACACACAGCAGACGACAGCAAAGGGAACAUAGAGGGAGGACAGACGGACUCUGUAAAAGUGGAGAAUGAGCAAUAGCAGGUCACAGGUACAUUACAUCAGCAAACCAUGAUGCCUUAAACCAGGAGCAUCAGCCCCGCUACAGGAGCCGUCCUCCACCUUCAUCUUGAGUUCAAACCUCAAGCCACUUGUUUUGCACGUACAUUUAUUUAUUUGACCAUCUUUCAUCCAGCCUGUUUUGAGCCAGCACCGCAAGAAUACUGUUAUCAUGUCAACAGGGACCUCGUAGACGGGAGCAGAUGUGAUUCGUCUUUGUUUUGAGCCAAAGACAUUCAAAUAAUGUUUUGUCAUUAUUGCAUAAAUAACGGACUGCUUUUUUCCAUCUUGAGCCAAUUGAUUGUCCGUCUAUAUGUACAUUAAUCCCAUUAUACAUUCCUAAUAGAGAAUCGUUCUCUGUCAGUAUUAAUCAAGCUUUAAUAACUAAACAAGAGCAGAGGGAGCCACUAAUGCGAGAUGUGUAUAAAUCCUAUAAAAUGGUGCGCAAUUAUUUAUUGCAGCAGUCAGUUAUCAGUUACAGUUUACAUGAUCGAACAAUUUCAAAGGUCUUUCUUUUUACACUUUUAACAUCUUUUUUUUAACAUUUCAAAUGUUAUACUAUGUUCAGCAGACAGGUGAUGUAUUGUAAGCUUACAUGUGUGGACCAAAUCCAGUUAAAACUCCACUUAAAAUGGUUUAAUCUAAAAAAAAGAAACCUCAUUGCACUAUAGAUAUUUGUUAUUUAUUUGUUGACAAGCUUUUUAUAAAUAAAUUGUAUUUGAAUGUCUAUUUAUUUUAAUAAUCAUGUUUAAUUUAUUUCGUUUUUUAAAUGAGCAUUGUCCUUUUCCACAGAUGUUUUCAUGAUCAAUCCUUUGCUACAGUAUGUGUUUUAAAUUAAUCACUCUUGUGUGUUAAUGCCAAUGAUGAAAUAUGUCUCCUUUCUUGUUUUCUCACAGGUAAUAGUUUAAAAAAAAUAUUUAUUUGAACUUAAGAGCACAAAAUGUAACCACAUAUAAAACUAAGAGGAUAUUGUCAGAAGGGUCAGUGACCUUGACUUGCUGUGUCCUUGAGUCUGAGCCAGGAUAGAUAAGACAGACUGUAUAAUGAUAGAGGUAUUUAGCUAGUGUCAUCACAAAUGCUCCUCUCUCUAACCCUGGCAGCUGUUUUAUUGUAUUACAUUCAUUUGAGUGGAAAUGAUGCACAGUGCAGUGUGGACGUAUGCCUGAAUGAUCAGUAGAACAUAUUAAUGUGUAUAUGUUACUUCCUGGGUGCUGGCCCGUGUGCAUGUACUCGCAGAAUCUCACGGUAGUUUAACAACUAACUCUACUCACUGACCUCUGUGAACUUUGCUUAAUGCACCACCAAGCCGCUAAACCUACAGCAGUAAGGUCUGUAAAGAACUGUUCAGGCACGGUGACCUUCAUUGAUCUGUAACAAUAAACAUAAUGUCAGAAACUCAAA